UUACAAAUAUAGAACAUUAGCAAACCUGGAAGGACGAGCAUCCUGGCAAGUCUAUACAAACAGAGAUAUGGGGCUGACCAACAAGCUUUGCUUUUGCUGUAAACAACCUCAGAGUUUUCACUUUUCUUACUGCUCAGGUACACCAAAGAACUCAGAAUAGAAGUACUCUUUAGAUGUAGGAGAAUCUUAAUGUCGGCAAUAUGGGGCAUCAGGUGAUAAUAUUCGACUUUUCUACUGUAAGAGGUUUGUGGGAGAUUCGUGUUAAGAAACACAAGGAACGGCAAAAGAAGGAAAAGGAAAGAAUAGCCAAAAGUGCAUUGGAGAAGAUAAGGCAAGAAUGGGACGUUAUGCUAGAAUGCAGAAGAAAAGGCAUUCCACAAGCUGCAUAUCUGAAUAACGGUUUUAUAGAUGCUAACAGAAUUUUGGAUAAGCUUGAAAAGAACUCACCACUUGCAACAAAGAUUGCCUUGUUGAAUGAGACAGAGAAAAAAAGAAACAAGUUUGUUUUUCAACUGUCAGGGGAGCAGUGGACAGAAUUCCCAGAUUCACUGAAAGAACAAACACAUCUACAAGAAUGGCAUAUAAACAAUACCAUGAUCUCAAUCAUUCCAGCCUACAUCGCCUUAUUUCAGGAACUGAAAAUACUAGAGUUAUCCAGUAAUCAGAUCACAGAUCUUCCAGCUGAAAUUGGUUGUUUAAAAAAACUGAAAGAGCUGAAUGUGAGUUUCAAUCGCUUGAAGAGUAUUCCCCCAGAACUAGGAGACUGUGAGAAUAUGGAAAAACUGGAUUUGUCUGGAAAUCUAGAACUAAUGGAGCUCCCAUUUGAACUAAGUAACUUGAAACAAGUGACAUUUGUAGAUAUAUCAGCAAACAAAUUUGUCUCAAUUCCAGUAUGUGUGCUCCGGAUGUCAAGUUUGCAAUGGCUGGAUUUGAGCAGCAAUAACCUCAGUGAUCUCCCACAAGACAUAGACAGGCUAGAAGAAUUACAAACUCUUCUCCUGCAGAAAAACAAGCUGACUUAUCUUCCACAUGCUUUACUCAACCUGUCAAAACUCAGUUUACUUGUUGUGAGUGGUGAUAGUUUGACUCAGAUGCCCACAGCUCUCUGUGACUCAAGCAGAGGUAUAAAAUUUAUAAGCCUCAAGGAUAACCCUCUUGAAACAACCUCAUUUCAAGAGAUUGAAGAAAUAACAGAAAGUGACCGUGAUCGUGAGCUGUUUGAAAAGGAAUUUAUGAAAGCCUACAUUACAGACCUAAAAGAAAGAGAGACGGUUCCUUGCUAUACAACAAAAGUAUCACUUUCUGUCCAGAUAUAAGACUGGAAUUCAUACAUUGCUGGAGAUUCUAAGGAAUUAAUUUUGACAAAACAAACAGAAAAACAUAAUCACAGUGUGCAAAAAGCACUUGAAGAAGAAAUGAAGAAAAGCUCUCUAUCACUAUGGCAUGCAUAAUGCAUAACGGUAGUUUCCAAUAACCAAACUCUCAUGUGGUGUAUGCAAUCUUCAUGUGAACCAUGGCUGCUUUUAUCUUAACAAAUGGUUUCUUGGAUGAAAGAAGUAGAAGAGUUUAGACAUGUGAUUUGCUCCAAUUUCUGUAGACCAAACAGUAGGGAUUAUUGAAAUUCUUAAUGGCCUUGUUAUUGUGAUAUUGUAAUAAAGAUAUGGUUGUUUAUCUUCAGGAUUAAUGUAA